AUGGUUACCAUCCAGUCCGUGGCCUACUGCCUCGCCACGGGCAUCACCGAGUCUCUCAGACGCACCCAGGCUUGGCCUAGCGCUCGUGUGGUCGUCUCACCUCCCGCACCUCGCUCCCUCCUCCUCCUCCAGCCGCACCUCGCUGACUCCCCCUCGCCGGCGGCCGCGGCGGCAUCGUUCUCGGAGAGGCACGUCGCGGGACUCAGCGCGGUAGAAGGGCAGGAAGGAAGGAGCGGCAACGAGGGCGGUUCCUGGGCCGCCACCUCGAAAGCGGCGGGCUCCGGGGACUCGGGGCUGCUCCGCGCCGGCGGCGCAGGUGUAGUGGCGACAGCAGGAGCCCUGCCGCGCGUGCCCUUGUCACGGCGCUUAGAUGAGGGAGGUGUGGCGGCGGCGGCGGACUCAGCGGCGCGGAGGUGCUCCUCGAAGACCUCGAGGACGUCGUGGAUGUGGUCGGUCGGCGGGUGGCCGCGCGCUCGAAGCACAGGCACCCGACAGUCGGCGGGUGGCCGCGCGCUCGGCGACGCGUGCCGCCGCCGCACGCCUGCUGCUGCUCCGGCCGCGGCGCUCCCAGCCACCAGGAACCCGCCACGCGCGCCUGCUGCUGCUCCGGCCGCCGCGCUCCCAGCCCACCAGGAACCCGCCACGUGCGCCUGCUGCUGCUCCGGCCGCGGUGCUCCCAGCCCACCAGGAACCGCCGCGCGCACCUGCUGCUGCUCCAGCCGCCGCGCUCCCAGCCCACCAGGAACCCGCCGCGCGCGCCUGCUGCUGCUCCGGCCGCGGCGCUCCCAGCCCACCAGGAACCCGCCGCGCCUGCUGCUGCUCCCAGCGACCCAGCCCACCAGGAACCCGCUGGUCCUCGGGGCACAGCCCAGCGACGAGGAAGAAUAG